AUGGUCACAUGGAAGUGACGAGGAGUGCGGCUUCGGCCCGCGCAUGCGCCUUCAAAUCCCGGAAUUUUGAGCGUUCAAAAUGGCUGCUGCAAUGGACGUGGAUACACCGAGCGGAGCCAACAACAGCGCCGGAAAGAAGCGGUUCGAGGUGAAGAAGUGGAAUGCUGUCGCUCUUUGGGCCUGGGAUAUUGUGGUGGACAAUUGUGCGAUCUGCAGAAACCACAUCAUGGACUUGUGUAUAGAAUGUCAAGCGAACCAAGCAUCGGCCACUUCAGAGGAAUGUACGGUGGCUUGGGGAGUGUGUAACCACGCGUUCCAUUUCCAUUGCAUCUCUCGCUGGUUGAAAACUCGUCAGGUUUGUCCACUAGAUAACAGAGAAUGGGAGUUUCAAAAGUACGGGCAUUGAGUUGCCUUGGGCUUUUCUGAGUGCUAAUUUAUGUUUGCAGCCCAAACACCAUUCAAUGGAAAGACCAGAAGAAGCUGUUAUACAAUAAUAUACCUAGUUUAUUCAUGUUUUAAUUUCACUUUCUAUUAUGUAUAAAGUGUCCCUUCCUUAUAUUCCAAAUAAACAUGGCGUACUGUA